AGCAAAACCAACAAUCCAUCCAUUGCAUUCUUUUUCAUCUACUCUGCUCCUAAUUAUCUUCCAACAAUCGUUUUUCUUUACUUCUGAGCCCAUCUCUCUAGAUAUACUCUUAUUAUUAUACUGUCUGUUUUAUUCGACUUUCGUUAGGCUCUUAGAACUCGUCCUUCGUUUACUAACGCUGCGGGAACUUCGGAAUGCUCUGCCUCCUGUCGCAAUGAUCACCGUCUGCGCUUGAAAUCCAGCUUUGAUACACUUUAUUAGCCAUCGAUUGGCCCAGUGUACAAAGCGUUAAUAUCUCCCACAAUGGCGACCUUGGCUGCCUCUCCGCCGUCGUCUCCCUCAUGGCCUAAACGACGUCCCCGAGCUUGGGCUCUCCGGUGUGAGCGGUACUGCUGUGCAGCCCUCUCUUGCUUCCCUCUGGCCUUUGUCUAUACUCUUACGACAUGGGCGGUCUACGUUGAAGCCAGUAUUGGUUUGAAGCCUUCGUCAAGUGCUUGGAUCGGCCUCCCAAGUACGAUCGUCGGUGUUUUCCUCUAUCUCUGUCUCAACUUUUGCUACUCCGUUGCAGUAUUUACUGAUCCCGGGUCUCCCUCGAAAGACAACUCCCGGGGCAACGACCGGCAUGAAUACAGCGCCUUGCCCGUCACUGAACUUCCCGAAUAUACCGCUUACACCGUCAGUUCGACGGGUGGAUCUCGAUUCUGCAAGAAGUGCCAGACCCCGAAACCGGACCGUGCGCAUCACUGUUCGACGUGCAAACGAUGUGUUUUGAAGAUGGACCAUCACUGUCCGUGGUUGGCUACGUGUGUUGGGUUGCACAAUUACAAGGCCUUUUUGCUGUUCCUUAUCUACACGUCGGUGUUUUGCUGGGUGGAUUUUGUCGUGGCAUCGCUGUGGAUUUGGACUGAGAUGCUGAAUGAUUCCCGGUACAUGGAAUCUAUCUUGCCGGUGAAUGUUGUGUUAUUGGCCAUCCUGGGUGGUAUUAUCGGGCUGGUGUUGACGGGAUUCACCGCCUGGCAUAUCAGUCUGGCUGUUCGUGGUGUGACUACAAUCGAAUGUCUGGAGAAGACCCGUUAUGUCUCUCCGUUGCGGAAAGCACUGAAUAAGAACCGUUUCGACUCCUUGUUGGGGAAUAGCCACGGUCAGGCUCCGGAUAGCUUCGGCCAUCGUCUACAGGACUACGGGCAUCAGAUUCUGGAUGCCCACGCGAAUGCCAUUCCAGGCGUGACUCGAGCGGAAGAAGGGGAGGAAAGGCUAUCUCCAGCACCGCAGCAACAUGGGCCUGAAGCCCAGAUGGAGAAUCUCAGCCCUGCCCAGCAGGCCUUGUCACGGUCGUAUGUUGACUUGGAAAGACAGCGCGAUCGCGAACGUUACAACGAGUACUUGAAUGAAGAAGAUAAUGAGAAGAUGCCGCAUGCCUUUGACUUGGGCUGGCGUCGCAAUUUGGUGCACCUUUUCGGAGACCGGCCCCUUCUCUGGCCAAUCCCAGUACGCACGACCAGUGGUGAUGGCUGGCACUGGGAGCCAAGCAGAAAGUUCCUCGAAGCCCGGGAGAGAGCCCGUCAAGCAAGGGAGCAAGACGCGGCCGACCAGCAACAGUACUAUCAAGAUCUGUACCAGCGCAACAUGGACAACAGUGGGGCCUGGCUUGGGGGGAACCAUACUCAAUCAGCGCCUGUAUGGUCGAACCAACCGCUGGAACCACAUUACGAUGCUGAACGGCCCGCUACGGGGGUAUCGAUGAAAACACUGGCGCCCAUGUCCCCACGCCCAAGACCGGGGGAAAGUGAUUACGAAGAUACUUUCGACGAGAACCGUCACAGUCUCGGGUCAAAUGCAUACGGGGCUUCACAUCGUACUCAACGGGGUCGUCAUGAGUCGGAUGAGUGGCGAGAUUGGGAUUGAUUUUUCCUAGAUCGAAGAAAGCUGGAUUUGCAUAGCAUGGUGUAUAUUUUCGGUAGAUGGGUCUGAUUAGGUAUUUUGUGCUGGCGCAAUGGGUGUAUAGUUAUUAUUUUAGUUGAGGGUGUCAAUAUAUGAUGAUUAUGUAU